CAGCUGCUGUGCCUCCUCUCCUCUCAGUCAGAGCAGAGGAGCAGCAGACGGGCACAGAGCUGCUGAGGGAGAGAGGACAGAGCAGAGAGCAUAGGUACGUUUUGACAAGUGAAAGGAUUGCGGACUUCAUCUUUUACCAAGUUAAUCUUUUUCGUAUUUUCGCACCUUGAUAGGUGUCGAAAUGACUCAAACAGCAAUAUUUAGUCACUGAAUUUUACUCGUCAAACACUGAAUUCCGGAAUUUCAUAUUUCUAAGUCAUCUAGGCAUCAAGUGGGCUUUCUGCAGACCGUGCAUUUCCAACUAAAGAGAAUUCUCUACAUACUUUUGAGUGUUCUUUCAGCAUCCUGCGCUGGGAUCGUCGACUUUAACGCGCAGUGCAAUAAUUGGAUGUAUUCAGUGGCUUGGAGUGACAUCUGAUUUUUUUUGCAUCAGGAUGGAUCCUUUAUUCAACACCACCGGCAUGCCAGGUUUUGCCACCGGCUCCAACGACACUAAAAACGGGACCGGGUACUGGAACCAGUUUGUUCAGCCAGCCUGGAGAAUUGUCCUCUGGGCCAUCGCGUACAGCUGUAUAGUCAUCGUGUCCGUGGUGGGCAAUAUUGUAGUGAUUUGGAUAAUCAUGGCGCAUAAACGCAUGAGGACUGUAACCAACUAUUUUCUGCUGAACCUCGCGUUCGCAGAAGCUUCCAUGUCCGCCUUCAACACGGUGAUCAACUUCACCUACGCCGUGCACAACGAGUGGUACUUCGGACUGGUCUACUGCCGCUUCCACAACUUCUUUCCGAUUGCAGCCGUCUUUGCCAGCAUCUACUCAAUGACUGCCAUCGCCCUGGACAGGUACGUGGCCAUCAUUCACCCUCUGCAGCAGCGCAUGUCGUCCACAGAGACCAAGGUGGUGGUGGGGGUCAUCUGGGUGCUGGCCUUGCUCCUGGCCUUUCCUCAGUACUACUACUCCACCACAGAACAGCAUCCUGACCGCGUGGUGUGCUACAUCAACUGGCCUGAAUUCACCGUGUGUGACUUCAAAAAUAUGUACUAUGUAAGUGUGGCCAUUCUGCUCUACUUCCUCCCUCUGAUGGUGAUGGGUUGGGCUUAUCUAAUGGUGGGACUGACCCUCUGGGCAAGUGAGAUCCCUGGAGACUCUUCUGACCGCUACAGGGAGCAGCUCAAUGCUAAACGCAAGGUGGUGAAAAUGAUGAUCGUGGUAGUUUGCACGUUUGCAGUCUGCUGGCUUCCGUACCACGUCUACUUUCUGCUGCACCAGUUUUUCCCUGAAACGUCUGAAGAAAAGUUCAUCCAACAGAUUUAUCUGGCCAUCAUGUGGCUCGCUAUGAGCUCCACCAUGUACAACCCAAUCAUCUACUGCUGCCUCAAUGACAGGUUUCGUGCUGGUUUUAAACAAGCCUUCCACUAUUGCCCCUGCAUCCCUCGAGGCUCCUAUGAAGGCCUGGAACUAAAAUCCACUCGCUACCUUCAGACCCAGACGAGUGUCUACAGGGCCAGCCGGAUGGAGACCACCGUGUCUACUGUUCUACAGGUUGAAGAGGACAUGGAGCAGCCAAAGGUCAAGGUGACAGGAGGUACAGAGCCUGGUCCACAGAGCUCCUCUCUAGAUCUCACUUCAAACGGGUCGUCAUCCAGGAGUGUCUCCAAAACGGUAUCAGAGCAGUCCAGUUUUUCGAGCAAUAAUCUGCAGGGAUAGACUCAAACAGGUUCUGACAGAACCAGGCAGAGAGGGAGCCGACUGCUGCUUUGUCUUCAUGCAUAGAAAAGUAUAUUGUGAAUUUGUGAGUGCGCUAGUCAGCUCAAUGAUUAUUAAUUAAAAACACCAACACACAUAAAUACAUGAAUAAACACAAGGUACUUUUUUUAAUGUAUAAUAUUUGAUUUUUGACGUGAAUGUUUCUCUUAGAGUUACUGAUUGAGACGCUUCAGACAGGUUUACUUUGUGCCAAUAGAUAAAUAAAUAAUCACAGAGCACGUCAACUUGA